AUGUUUUCGUUCUUUCAACGCAUUCUAGACUGGUUUAAAAGCCUGUUUUGGAAGGAAGAGAUGGAAUUAACUCUCGUAGGACUUCAGUAUUCGGGAAAGACGACGUUUGUCAAUGUUAUAGCGUCUGGACAGUUUAGCGAGGACAUGAUUCCUACAGUAGGCUUCAACAUGAGGAAGAUUUCUAAAGGCAAUGUGACAAUCAAGUUGUGGGACAUCGGUGGACAGCCCAGGUUCAGGAGCAUGUGGGAGAGAUAUUGUCGAGGAGUUAAUGCUAUUGUGUAUAUGGUGGACGCAGCAGACCAAGACAAGCUGGAGGCCUCUCGCAAUGAACUUCACAAUCUUCUAGACAAGCCACAGCUGCAGGGCAUCCCAGUCUUGGUGCUGGGCAACAAGAGGGACUUGCCCGGGGCUCUGGACGAGAAAGAGCUGAUCGAAAGAAUGAAUCUUUCCGCCAUUCAAGAUAGAGAGAUCUGUUGCUAUUCUAUAUCAUGCAAAGAGAAGGAGAACAUAGACAUCACCCUGCAGUGGUUGAUCCAGCACUCCAAGUCUGGGCGAUAA